GCGACGGUCUGAGCCAUGGAGCAGCAGGAAGAGGCGCGAACGCUCGGGGAGUCCGCGGCUUGGCCUCCUGGGGCUUCGGGGUCACCGACGGCUGGCGGAGAGGAGCGGUCCGAGGGCGGUGCACCGCCGGCGGCGACUCCCGCGGGCUCAGAAGGGGACAGCGCGAGCGCCGAUGGGCUGUGGGGGCUGCCGGUGGAGCGCGCCGAGCGCAGGCCCGAGUGCAGCCACUGCAGCCGUCCCCAGAAAGUGUGCUUGUGUCCUUACCUACCAGCGCAGCCACUCAAGAUCUCCACCCAUUUGUACAUAAUUCAGCAUCCCGCAGAGGAAAGCAAAGUGUUGCGCACAGUCCCUCUGCUAGCAGCAUGCCUUCCCCCAGAGAAAUGCACAGUAACAAUUGGCCGCCGCUUCAACGAGGAGCGAGAUGUUGAACUUGCAACUGUUUGCCGGGACUCUGGAACAUUAAUAUUAUAUCCAGGCGCUGAAGCUACUAAUUUGGAAGAAUUUCUAUUAGAUUCUCCUGUUUGUCCUUCUACAAUCAUCCUCAUUGAUGGUACAUGGAGCCAAGCUAAGGACAUUUUCUAUAAGAACCCCUUGUUCCGACUUCCCAAACAGGUGCAGUUAAAAACUAGCAUUUGUAGUCAGUAUGUAAUACGGAUGCAACCAACAAGCAGGUGCCUUUCUACCCUGGAGUGUGCUGCCAUUGCUCUUUCCAUCUUGGAGGAAAACCAGUGCAUACAAGAGACUCUGCUUCGGCCUCUUCAAGCACUGUGUUCUUUCCAGCUUCAGCAUGGUGCUCAGAUUCGCCUCAGCAAGGAGUAUCUUCUGAAGAAUGGAUUGUAUCCCAAGCCAAUGCCAAAGAACAAACGCAAACUCAGGAAGAUGGAGCUCUUAAUGAACAGUGUCAAAAUUUAGCGGAGUUGUCCCCGUGGUGCUCAUUUACCUGCUUUAGCUGACGAGACUGUGUUAAAUCUUCCCAGUUUAGGCUUGGGGGCUCUGAAGAGGGAACACUGGCAGGCUCUCGUGCUGAGCAGCGCGGUCUGCUUGGCGGCGGCAUCACACGGCACACUUCCACUGA